GUGACAUUACCCAGCCUAAGCAGCUACUUCCUGUCUGAUGCACGCCCGCAGCGGCCGGUGGGAAGCGACGCUCCCGCAGAGAUGUCUGCUAGGAUUCUGCAUCUUCAAUUUCCUCUGCCGUGAUGGGCUUGACAACCUACGACAGCAACACACUUUGAGGAUUUUUUUUUCACCCAGAACUCCUCGUUUGGCCUGACCGCCCCACCAGCCCAAGUCACCAUGAACUACCUUCGCCGACGCCUGUCAGACAGCAGCUUCGUGGCCAACCUGCCCAAUGGCUACAUGAUGGAUCUGCAGAGGCCCACCCCGCCUGGAUCCUCCACCUCCUCCCCGGCCUCUCCAGCCACGGAGCGCCGGCAGCCUCCGAGCAUCCCAACCCCGAGCCCGGCCCCGGCUCAGGGCUCGACACCCGUCCCGGCCGCCGGCACGGUCAGCUUCCUCAGCUCCUUCUCCAGCGUGGUGAAGAGCGCCCAGAUGGCGCAGAAUGUGGCGGCCGCCGCACACGCCAAGACGGCGGCCGCCGCCGCUACCGCGACUACUGAGGUUGCCCCGACAGGAAGCAGUCAGCCUCCUAAGCCGGCCGUCCGCAAACCCAAGAUCCUGCUGGUUGUCGAUGAUCCACACACUGACUGGGCCAAAUACUUUCGAGGGAAGAAGCUGAAUGGCGAAUAUGAGAUCCGCGUGGAACAGGCGGAGUUCUCAGAGAUCAACCUGGCCUCCUACGUCACUUCAGGAUGUAUGGUGGACAUGCAGGUCAACAAGGCGGGCACCAAAAUGGUCAGGUCCUUCAAACCGGACUUUGUCUUGAUUCGCCAGCAUGCCUACAGCAUGGUCCCAGGGGAGGACUUCAGGAAUCUGGUCAUCGGCUUGCAUUUUGGCGGCGUGCCCAGUAUCAACUCCAUCUUCUCCAUCUACAAUUUUUGCAGCAAGCCUUGGGUGUUCUCUCAGAUGAUCAAGAUCUACCACACCCUCGGUGCUGAGAAAUUCCCCCUGAACGAACAAACUUUCUAUGCCAACCACAUGCAAAUGGUUACAAGCCCUUCUUAUCCUGUGGUGGUGAAGAUGGGCCACGCCCACUCUGGCAUGGGCAAGAUCAAAGUGGAAAACCAGCAGGACUUCCAGGACAUCACCAGCGUGGUGGCGCUGGCCGGCACCUACGCCACCACCGAGCCCUACGUCCAGUCCAAGUACGACAUCCGCAUCCAGAAGAUCGGCAGCAACUACAAGGCUUACAUGAGGACCUCCAUUUCAGGCAACUGGAAGGCAAACACGGGCUCGGCCAUGUUGGAGCAGAUCGCCAUGACGGACAGGUACAGACUGUGGGUGGAUUCGUGCGCAGAGAUGUUCGGCGGCCUCGACAUAUGCGCGGUGAAGGCCGUUCACGGGAAAGAUGGCAACGAUUACAUCAUCGAGGUGAUGGACAGCUCCAUGCCUUUGAUUGGUGAACACGUGGAGGAGGACAAGCAGCUGAUCACAGAGUUGGUCCUCCACAAGAUGGCCCAGGUGCUGCUGGGAGUUUCCACGCCGCCGCCAUCUUCAGUCAAGACCACGCAGCCCAGACGAGGGGGGCAGCGCUCAGGCUCGGCUUCCCCGUCGGGACAAGGCUCGCCGCAGCGGGCCCGCUCGGCCACCACCUCACCCAGCCAGUCCUUCCAGCCGGGACCCCUCCCCGACAAUUCCGGACCCGGAGCUCAGAAACAGUCACCUCAACUCAACAAAUCACAGUCGCUGACCAACACCUUGAGCGAGACUUUGCGAGGCAACGUGAGCGACGACGAGGCCAAAGCGGAGACCAUCCGCAGCCUUCGGCAGUCCUUCGCCAGCCUCUUCUCUGACUGAGAGCGUCCUUCCGCCUUGCUCCUCCUUCCGCUUCCUGUCCGUCUGUCAAGGAGUCCCGCAAGCUUCCGCUUUCCCUUGCUUUGUGAAUAUCCACACCUUCGCUACGAGAAAGGCUGACCCCCCCGACUUGACCUUUGUGUCUUCCCUUUGAGACAUCGGAUGCCCGCAAUCAAACCAAAUUCCAAUCCAUCAAUCGAUAUCAUUUAUAAUACAUUUUCCCUCGCUCGGCCUUUCUCGCGGCGAAGCGUUCCGUAUCUGGCUGGCUUCUUCUGCUUGAUAUUUCCUCAUCUUCUUUUGUCAAAGCCGCCAUUCAUUUCAACUGCUCAGUUUGCGGCCUCCCGUGGCAAUACUUGACACCAGUCCGGUCAACUCAAGGGAAGCGUGCACGGCGUUCCCCCCCCCCGCCAUUCUAAAUAAAGAUGCCAGAAGAUGGCGGCAAAGCACUACUUUAACAAUGCGUGGGGGGGAACGCUGUACAUAGGGCUCACCAGCGUCACUCGUGACUCCUUUACCUCGGCCUGACAUGACCAAAGCGAAAAUAAGUCCGCCGUCGGUCGCGCAGCCCGUUCACCUUUGAGCUGAGCGUUUCCGUGCAAAUGCAAAAGUCGUCUUCCGUCCUCCUCGUUUUUCUUCAAGUAUUUCCAUCCCGGUCGGGUCGGUGGCAAACUGCUGCGGCUGUGCGCAAUGUACUGUAAUGUUAACCCCCCCCCCCCCCCCCUCCACAAAAAAAAAAAAAAAAAUCCUCAAACGUAUCGGUGAAGUUGUUGUAUUUUUAUGUUGUUUUCAGCGCAUGCCGGUGUGGUAAACAAUUCGUAACGCUACUGCAAAAUAAGAAAAGCCUUGAUUUGCAAUAAUUCUGCUCACAUCAGUUGGCUCCUCUUUUUGAUCACCAAGAAGCCUAAAUGCGGGUUAGAAAAAAAAAAAAAGCAAACCUGAAAAUAAAAAUAUUGAGUCAGCCGUAUGUUCAGGUCAAAAGAAAUUUCAAUGUUGCGUAUCCGUUUUCUUUUUGACUCCAAAAAUGUGCUUAAUAUGCUUCAACCAACACGUGACUGCAACCAGUGGCAAAAUAAUUCUUUCGUUUCAUCAACUUAUGCACUGUGUCAAAGGGACCAAAUUAGCUUUUUAGGAGCCCUUCAAAGUAUUUUGUGUUGUCCUUUCUGUAAAAGUGUCUAUCUACAAAUGUGAAAAAAAAAAAGCCAUAAUAACCAAACAAUAAAGACGUGCCACGCAAUAAUGGCCGUGACGUCAUCGAGCGACGUAGCCACCGACUUGAAAUCCAUCCGGUGGCCCGUUUAGUCGACAACGGCGCCGUUCGCCGUAUUCAUGAUGUCAUAUCCAAUUUUAUUUUCUGAGCAGAGCAUAAAUUGCCAGCCACCACAGUCGAACGCUCAAUGAAACCGAAGCGCCAAUUCAAAUCGAUUCCAAGGCAUUUUUAUUAUAGGGAUUAAAUUCAUGCCUUAUAAUAUAAGUGUACCUAAUGUAGUGUCCUCACAUUAGUUAGCAUAUUGUCCAUGGAGCAAGGACGCCGGCAUGAAUUAUGGAAUACUGCUGCCACUGUACUUAAAUGCCAUGAUGUCAUUUAUUAUUUAUGUAUUUAAAAGCAAUGAUAGGCUGGGUGCUAGCUUAGCACGUAGCUUGUCAUACCGUACUCUCGCCGAUUGCUCCAUUUGGUCCAUUAAAAUCACACGAGUUCAUUAGUGAUGACUCAGCGGGCCCUUUUUUUCUUUUUUUUUCUUUUCUUAUGGCGACUAAUGCAAGCAACCAGACUCCUUCCGGGGAAUGAAUUUCUUGACAUGAUAAUGACACACGAGUGACUUGGCGGGAGUUAAUACUCGCUUUUUAACUCAUUCAUUGCCAGCUCUGUUAAAACGAACCAUUGGUAGCGAAUGAUUUGGAUUCUGUUAGGAUGUGAAACUCUGAUGAAAAUAUGCAGCCACAGAGACUUAAAAAAAAAAAAAAA